AUGGCUGCCCUAGCAACCCAAAUCCACCGCCCAAUCGUUAUAUCUGGUCCCUCGGGUUCCGGUAAAUCGACGAUACUCAAGCGUCUCUUUGCAGAUCACCCGGACACUUUUGGAUUCUCUGUCUCCCACACCACCCGCUCACCCCGCCCCGGCGAACAGGAUGGCCGUGAAUACAAUUUCACUAACCAAGAAGCAUUCCUGGCUUUGGUCAGGGACGGUAGUUUCAUAGAACACGCUAAGUUUGGAGGGAAUUACUACGGGACGAGCGUGGAAGCCGUCAAGGAUGUGGCUGAGAAGGGGCGGAUAUGUGUUUUGGACAUUGAGAUGGAGGGUGUCAAACAAGUAAAGAAGACGGAUUUAGGAGCACGCUUCUUGUUUCUAUCGCCGCCCUCGCUGAAGAUACUAGAGGAGAGAUUAAGGGGCAGAGGAACGGAUGACGAGGAAAGUGUGAAGAAGAGAUUAGAGCAGGCGGACAAGGAAAUGGCAUUUGCAAAGGAGAAAGGUGUGCACGAUAGAAUUAUCGUCAACGAUGACUUGAACAGGGCGUACCAGGAGGUGGAGGAGUGGGUUGUCGAUGGGGGAAGAUUUGGAGGCCAAGUUUGA